CUCUAUAUUUUCGAACCAACAUACAUAACCGCCGUCGCAAUAAUUAAAUUAUCUGUCCUACUUAUGUACAACCGGAUCUUCCCGGUCCGCUCAAUCCGCAUCGGGAGUUACAUUCUCGGCGGCAUAACCCUUGCAUGGCUGAUCUCUGUCGACCUCGUCGCAAUCUUCCAGUGCAUACCAGUGAAAAAGGCCUGGAACCAGCAACUCCCAGGGACAUGUAUAGACCUGAAAGGAGCAUUGAUCGGGAAUGGUGUGCCAAAUUUCGUCACAGAUAUUUUUAUUCUGGCGUUGCCGGGACGGGCGAUUUGGAAGCUGCAGACGGGAAGUAGGCAGAGGAUUUCUAUUAUUGCUGUGCUUUUGAGUGGGAGUUUUGUGGUCUUCGCAAGUAUCUACCGCUUCAGUCUCAUCUUCAUCCUUGAUAUGGAUGACAUCCCAUGGACCCUUGCAGACGCGCAAACCUGGUGUGUCGUUGAAAUCUCCGCGGGCAUAAUCUCCGCCUGUCUCCCCACACUUGUCCCGCUAGUGCGACUCCUCGUGAGG